AUGGAUACGCUACAAGCCUACAUCUCCCGCUUCCAAAGCAUAUACACUACAACCUCAUCACUCUACGCGCUUCCCGCGCAAAUCGCGAGAGCGGGCAAUUCAAUGCUCGGCUUCCUAACGUCGCACGCUCGCGACUUUGACCUCAACUUGACGUCCCUGGCGCUCUUGCUUGUGAUUCUCUUCAUGAGCUUGAAAAUCCUCGAUAUGCUGCGCCGUGCCGUCAUGUAUUGGGUACGCAUGGCCUUUCGAAUGGUCUUCUGGACGGUGGUGGUCUCCGUAGUGAUUCUGAUCUGGACACAUGGCGUGGAAGACACGCUGAGGGUGCUGGGUGAGAUUGGUGGGUUUCUGCAAGGGCUUGCGGCCGUGCUGGUGGAGCAAUUUGGAGUUGCAGUCUCCGCAGCAGAACAGCAGCAACAACGGCAGUAUCAGCAGCGGACGCCUCAAAUGGGAUAUUCGAGACAACAACGACAAUAG